AUGACAUUGUCUUUGGGUAUUGUUCAUAUCCUAGAGCUUUUAUCUAGUAAUUACCAGCCAGGAUUAAGAUCGAGUUUCGUCCUAUUUGUACAAGCAUCCAAGUCUGGCGAUCCAUUCUCACAAUACGACGAUGACUUUUGA